GGAAACAACCCUUGCUCGAACGGUUGAUUCUAUUUCGGAGUGGGAGAAGGGACCUUCUGACGUAACUAGGGGAGGAGACACGUCACCAGGGGGAGGAGCUACGGGCGAACAGGGUACUCGAAAAGUACGCUCGCCACCUGAUUACUAAAGGUAAUAGUUGGUGGCGUGGAUAGUAGAUGAACUAUCCCGCUGGCCUUGCUUCUCCCCCUUAUGUUGUGACUUUUCCCCCAGACGGAAAAAGGUCCCUUAGCCCACUUGAUUCUAGCAUCUACCUUGCUUUUUCGAACUUCGAACCCUACUAACCGUUCCAGACUACUUACGACGGGCAGAGAGUUUUGUUGCAACUUGCGAGUGUCCGUCGAGAUCAGGACAGGAGUGGGAGUAUGCAGAGGAACACAAGGGUCUGUACAAGAAUGUGAUGAUGGAGAAUAACAGGCCUCUCGCAUCACUGGAUGGACCUGGUAACAGAGAUUCCCCAGAGAGAUGUCCACGUCCUCUAAAUACACAGGAUUGUACAGAGGAGAAUCACAGGCUCCUACAGGAGGAUCAGGAGUGGGAGUAUGCAGAGGAACACAAGGGUCUGUACAAGAAUGUGAUGAUGGAGAAUAACAGGCCCCUCGCAUCACUGGAUGGACCUGGUAACAGAGAUUCCCCAGAGAGACGUCCCCGUCCUCUAAAUACACAGGAUUGUACAGAGGAGAAUCACAGGCUCCUACAGGAGGAUCAGGGUGAAGAUCUGACUAUUAUAAAGGUAGAAGAUAUAAUGGGAAAAGAAGAGACGUGUGUGACUGAUAUGAAGGUAGAAGAUAUAAAAGGAGAAAAAGAGAUGUGUGUGACUGAUAUGAAGGCAGAAGAUACAGAAGGAGAAGAAGAGACGUAUGUGACUGAUAUGAAGGCAGAAGAUAUAGAGGGAGAAGAAGAGACGUAUGUAACUGAUCUGAAGGCAGAAGAUUCAGAGGGAGAAGAAGAGACGUAUGUAACUGAUCUGAAGGCAGAAGAUUCAGAGGGAGAAGAAGAGACGUAUGUGACUGAUAUGAAGGCAAAAGAUAUAAAAGGAGAAGAGAUGUAUGUGACUGAUAAAAAGGCAGAAGAUACAGAGGGAGAAGAAGAGACGUAUGAGAGAGUUGAUCAGCAGUGUAAGGAGGAGGAAAUCCCUACAGAUAUCAGCACAGAUAAUACAAGGAACACCUCGGAGAGACAUCUCGGUUGGACUCCAGAUUUUAAAUUAGAAGAUAAGAACAUCACAAAGGGGUCUCCAGAAGAAAACUGCAUUACCCUAAAUAUACACCAAGCAUUUCACAGUGCAGAUAUAUCAUCUGAUCCCUCUAUUCUUGGGGAACGUUCUCCUGGUAACUCACAUAUUGCUGCACAUAGUAUAGAUCAUAGUGGUGAUACAGUAAUUUCCUAUUCUGAAUGUGGGAAAUGUUUUUCACAUAAACUAGCUCCUGUUAGACAUGAGAAAAGUCAUACAGGUGACAAACCAUUUCCAUGUUCCGAGUGUAAGAAAUGUUAUACACGUAAAUCAGAUCUUGUUAUACAUCAUAGACUUCACACAGGUGAGAAACCAUUUGCAUGCUCCGAGUGUGGGAAGUGUUUUACGCACAAAUCAGCCCUUGUUAUACAUAAGAGAAGUCACACAGGUGAGAAACCAUUUCCAUGCGCUGAGUGUGAGUUAUGUUUUAUUCGGAAAUCAGAUCUGGUUAUACAUCAUAGACUUCACACAGGUGAGAAACCAUUUCCAUGUUCUGAGUGUGGGAAAUGUUUUCCACGUAAAUCAGAACUUGUUGUACAUGAGAGAAGUCACACAGGUGUAAAACCAUUUACAUGCUCGGAGUGUGGGAAAUGUUUUACGCACAAAUCAGUUCUUGUUAGACAUGAGAAACAUCAUGCAUUUGACAAACCAUUUCCAUGUUCCCAGUGUAAGAAAUGUUAUACACGUAAAUCAGAUCUUGUUAUACAUCAUAGACUUCACACAGGUGAGAAACCAUUUACAUGCUCUGAGUGUGGGAAAUGUUUCACUCGUAAAUCAGGUCUUGUUUUACAUCAAAGACUUCACACAGGUGAGAAACCAUUUCCGUGCUCUGAAUGUGGAAAAUGUUUUACACACACAUCAGCUCUUGUUAUACAUCAAAGACUUCACACAGGUGAGAAACCAUUUACAUGCUCUGAGUGUGGGAAGUGUUUUACGCACAAAUCAGCCCUUGUUAUACAUAAGAGAAGUCACACAGGUGAGAAACCAUUUCCAUGCACUGAGUGUGAGUUAUGUUUUAUUCGGAAAUCAGAUCUGGUUGUACAUCAUAGACUCCACACAGGUGAGAAACAAUUUCCAUGUUCUGAGUGUGGGAAAUGUUUUCCACGUAAAUCGGAUCUUGUUGUACAUGAGAGAAGUCACACAGGUGAGAAACCAUUUACAUGCUCUGAGUGUGGGAAAUGUUUUAUGCACAAAUCAGUUCUUGUUAGACAUCAUAGACUUCAUACAGGUAUAAAACCAUUUUCAUGCUCUGAGUGUGGAAAAUGUUUUACACAGAAAUCACAUCUUGUUAGACAUCAAAAGAAAACACACAAGAGAUAGCCACUUCUAUGGUUUCAGUGUGUGGAAUGUUUUAAAAACAAACCAGUUCUUGUGACACAUGAGAGAAGUCACACAGAUGAGAAGCUAUUUCCAGGUUCUGAGUAGGGAUAGACAUUGAAAUCCUAGCUUCAAAAGGUUGCUGGGCUUCCAACAUUAAAUUCUGCCAUGUGAUUGCUACUAGCCAUCGCAUUAUACACAUACAAUGGUAUAACCAUCAAAGGUUAUACUGUGCUCAGAGGCAGUUAGAGCUUCACACGUGCAUACAUAAGCUGAGCUUCCUAGUGUCCUCAGCUGAUUACACACAGCCAUUGGAUGGGCUUUGGUAGCAGCAUCCAAUGGCUGACAACCAUCGCAAACUCGCUAUUCGAUGAGAAAAGUACUUCCAUCGGAAUGGGAACAUUGAUGGCUGCUAACGAUCGGUUUCCAUUGUCCAUCCAUAUCUCUUGAGUGUGGGAAAUGUUUUACUAGUAAAUCCCUUCUAGAAAUCAUACAGGUGAGGACUAGCUAUUGUAAGAUAUCAGAAAGUCAGUUGAAUUUCCUCAAGUUGGAAGACAUGAAACAGGGUUUCAUUAAUAUUUUACAUAUAUAAGAAUUAAAUUAUUUGUGUAAAUGGGAUUAGUCUACCAAUAGGAUUCAAAGCAUGUCUGUAUAAGGUGAGGCAGCCAUAUUGGUUUCGCGCAGUUGCUAUAGUCAGUCACAUGGGUCCAUGCAUCCCUGAAGCUUACAAUCUAAUUUCCAUGUCACUAUGAUGAUCCAGCAGCCUGCACAGGUAUCGCACUCCAUAUUGCAAGGACAACAGCAGAAGACUCUAAUAUGGUGUAGUUCUGCAAAAAUGUGUGGACAAUGCGUUAAUUUCUUAGAUUUUGCACAGUGCAAUAGCCUGUUACGCACCUCUAUCUCUAGACCCCACCUCAGGAAGGUCCAGGCUGGCCAAAAACAAUGACCUGCAAAGACGUUUAGGUACCAGCCCAGCAUCCGUCCAGGACACACAUCAUGGGAUUAAAAAUCCACCCAAUCCAUUUACAGGAUUGAGGGUAGAAAAGGAGCUGUACCAGAAACACUGUGUUAUUUGUCCUGGGCCACAACGGCUGUGAGCUGCUUUAGGAGUCUACCGUUCCUGCCAUGCUUUUAAAGGCCAAACUAUAAGCCACCACCAUUGGACUUUACUCCCAAAGAAAGGCCAGCAAAAUAUAUGCUGCCAAGGUGUACUCUGUAUCAGGAGCCAUCCAUGGCAGCGCUGCUAAUGGGCCUGCUGGAGCAGGGUGACUUCCAGGUGACCCUAACAUGCUGGUAGAGGACCCAUCAGGCCACGUUGCCGGGAUCAGCAAGUUGCAGGUCCCAGUGUGCAGGAAUCGGAGAAGCCACUUAACAGAAGCUUGAAGUCAGAUCACCCUCCUGAGUCUCCUAGCCGUGCAGUGGUCUGUGCCCCCUUCUCAGUGAGGUGACUAGCAGGCGGAGGGACCUUUUGUGGGGUUUUUACAGAAGUCUCAGCCUUAAACAUUAUUGAUAUUCAAGCUACCUGUGUUUAUUGUACAUAGGGCCUAAUUCAGACCUGAUCGCUCGUCUGCAAAGGUCUGCGAUCAGAUAGUCGCCGUCCAGACAAAAUGAAAAAACGCCAUGGUGCAAGUCUGCAUACGCCAUGCAAAAAGCUUUGCAAACGCCGAUCAGCUGCAAAUCCUUUUACAACUCACCAUCGAAUGAUUUUUCCAGUCUGUGUGUAGCCCAAGACUUACUCCUACAGUGCGAAAGAAUCAGGAUGAUCGGGCAAUGCUUGGAAAUGCCCGUGUUUUUUCCUCCCAGAAAACGACCCAGUUAUCACCCCCAAAUGUCCGUUUCCCGUCAUUCAGCCUGCGUUCGCCUAGAGAUAAAAAAAAAAAAAAAGCAGGAUUUUUUUGCAGUUUGGCCUCGCGCCUGCGCAUUACGAUCCGUACACAUGCGCAGUUGUUCCAUAAUCGUCCACCUUGCGAUUUCGCACAACAACGAUCAGGUCUGAAUUAGGCCCUUAGUGUGGUUACCAUUUAUUGUGUGUGUAAUAAAGGUACUUUUGUAUACUU